AUGAUUUUGAGUUACGUCAUCGAUUAUCUGUUUGGUUCUCCAACAGUUGUCGGCGUCGCCGUCGUGGUAUUGGCGAUCCUUUACUAUUAUUCGACCAGCACGUACGGAAAAUGGGGUAAACUGAAAGUGGCUCACGUGUCGCCGUGGCCAUUAGUCGGCAACACGUUCAGAAUGAUGACGGGGCUCGAAAACCAGGUGAACACAUUUGACGGGAUUUACAAACGGUUCGCCGGCCAUAGAUAUUGCGGUUUCUAUCAGAUGAAGACGCCGUUCCUGAUGAUCCGCGACCCCGAGCUCAUCAACAGCAUAAUGAUCAAAGAUUUUUCGCACUUCGCCGAUCGGGGUUUCCGCAUGGACCCGUCGACAAAUAUACUAGCGAAUGGGCUGUUCUUCCUGUGCGGUCCCAAGUGGAAAACGAUGAGACAGAAACUGAGCCCAGGGUUCUCGUCCGGCAAGCUGAAACUGACCCACAACCAGAUAGCGGCGUGCAGCGACGAACUGAUGCGUUUCAUCAAGAACAAAAUUAAGGAAAACGAUCAGAUCGAAGUCAAGGAGACCAUGGGCAAGUACUCGACAGACGUCAUCGGGACGUGCGCUUUCGGCUUGAAAUUGGACACAGUCAAGAACGAAAAUUCGGAUUUUCGUAAGUAUGGAAAAGAAAUAUUCCAAAAUAAUUACAGGAUUGUUUUCAAUCAGAUAUUGACUACGACGUCACCGAGAUUGGCAAAACUAUUGGGAAUCGCUGCGUUUUCACCCGCGGCUUCGGCGUUUUACGAGUCGGCGAUUAAUGAAGUCAUCAGGUACCGGGAGGAGAACGGCAUAGUCAGACAUGACGUGGCACAGAGCUUGAUAGAAGCGAGAAAAGACUUGGUGUUGGGCUCGAAAAAUGAAAAUGGAUUUACCGAACAGGACAUUGUUGCAAAUGCGAUCUUGAUGUUUUUCGCCGGUUUUGAACCCGUGUCCUCCACGUUGAGUUUUUGUUUGUAUCAGUUAGCUCUAAACCAAAACAUCCAGGAAGAAAUGCGCGAUGAGAUGAAUUCAAAGUUGAAAGAACAUGGGCAAAUGAACAAUGAUUUUCUGGUGGAUCUUCAUUACACUGACAUGGUAUUGGCAGAAACGGGGCGUAUGUACGGAGUAGCCAACGCGUUAUUCAGAGAAACUGUGAAAACAUACCAAGUGCCCGGCGAGUCUUUGGUCAUUGAAAAGGGCACUAGGAUCAUGAUACCCUUGUUUUCACCGGAAGAAAAAGCUAAACGGACGUCUAGUACCUACUUACCGUUUGGCGACGGACCACGGUUUUGUAUAGGAAAACGAUUUGCCGAAUUGGAAAUGAAAAUGGUUCUCUCACAAAUAUUGACAACGUUUAGAGUUUUGCCGGGCGAAAAAACCGAAGUUCCGCUUAAAUUUAAAUCUGGAUUACCGGUGUUGGCAUCAAAAAAUGGCAUUUGGUUAUGUUUUCAAUCAAUUUCAAAAUGA